UCUUGUCUUUUAUCACCCAAAUACAAAACAUGCUUCCUCUCAAAGUGCUCCUCUUAAGUCUGACUUUUCAUCAACUCUUCGGCAAUUUGGAUGCGGCAUUCUCUUGUCCAAAAGGUCAGCGGAUAAAUGUGUGCAACAGAAACCAGAAAUGUUGUCAAGCUUGUCCUGAUGGAUAUUACCAGCCUGAACAGAACCACUCCAAACAGUGCAAACCGUGCACAAGGUGUAACGAAGCGUCGGGAAGUGAAGUGAAAGAGAAAUGCACAAAACAGAUAGACACACAAUGCCGGUGCCGAAGAGGAUUCAGUCCUGUGGAGCUUGAUUCUGCUACCUGCGAAUGUGCCCUUGGGUUUGGGUUAAAGCAGGGAGAAUGCUCUAAAUGUGAACAUGGAUUUUUUAGCCCACGUCCAAAUACCCCUUGUUCCAAAUGGAAAGAGUGUAAGUCCGGCGUGAACGUGAAUGGCAGCAGCACCUCUGACAUGCUCUGCAAUGGCGAGCCAAAGACACCAAACACUACGAUGUCUGUCGUCACAAAUGUAGAACUCCACCGUCCACAAAGUCCUAACCAUAUUCAUCAUAAUCAUGACAUCACCAAGGCUACCACAGAUCAUUAUGUGCCCUCCAAGGGCAACAUGCAGCCAACCCAACCUCCAAACCUCACCCGCUACCACGUUGGCAUUUCCUUCCUCAUCAUUGCAAUUGUUGGACUGCUUGUUUUGACUGUGGUGACGUGUAAAAUGCACGUUAAACCUUGCGUGAGAAGACAGCCAACGGUGCAACCAAUCAACUCAUUGUGUCGGAGGCCCGUAGAAGAAAGCGGGGAUGGCAGUCGCUCCGCUCUCAAAAUUAUUCCAGAAGAUGUGUAAUCCAACUUUACCGCAUUUAGAUUUUUAUUAUCCACCAUAUGAUUUGUUGAGUAAAUACUGUGUGAAAUGAUGUAUCAUAUUUCACUUACUUGCUCACAUAAAAUUGUACUGGCUGCUUGUUAAAGUUGAUGGCGUUUACAAUACAAUAUAUAAAAAAUAAAGUCAG